GCUGAGUGCUGGGUGCUGGGUGCUGAGUGCUGAGUACUAAGUGCUGGGUGCUGGGUGCUGAGCGCUGGGUGCUGGGUGCUAAGCGCUGGGUGCUGGGGGGCCGGUAGAGCUGGUUCUAGGGUAGAUGUUCUGGUGCUGCUUGUUGGGGUCUGGGCUGAAUGUUCAGGGUUCUGGCUUGCGGGCUGUAGGCUAGAGGUUUGGGGGUGAGUGUAGCGCAGUAUUUCGGGGUGUCUCUGGGAGGGGGCUGUGCCGGAGGGUUGGGGGUACUUACCCUGCUGCUCCAGGCAGCGCACACAAGGAGGUCCCGGGGCUGGGGGGCAGUAACAUGGAGGAACAGACUGAGCAAAGCCCCGGGGCCCCCCAUCAGCCGGAACCGGGGGCCUCCCCGCCCCCCCUGCACCCCGCGGCCCCCUCGCACCGGACCACUAACUUCUUCAUAGACAACAUUCUCCGGCCGGACUUUGGCUGCAGGAAGGAGCCCCCCGGCAGGGACAACCCCAGCCCCUUGCACGGCCACCAGGGGGACCCGACCCCCAGCCCCGACUCGGACACCCCGUCGGACAGUUCCAAGGGCAGCGACUCCAACCCGGCUCUGCUCCUGGUGGGCAACUCUGCGACCCCCGCCCGCAAGAACGACCCCAUGGUGUGGCCCGCCUGGGUCUACUGCACUCGCUACUCCGACCGGCCCUCCUCCGGGCCCAGGACCCGCAAGCUGAAGAAGAAGAAGAGUGAGAAGGAGGACAAGAGGCCCAGAACGGCCUUCACUGCUGAGCAGCUCCAGAGACUGAAGGCUGAGUUCCAGGCCAAUCGCUACAUCACAGAGCAGAGGAGACAGACCUUGGCCCAAGAGCUGAGUCUCAAUGAAUCCCAAAUAAAGAUCUGGUUCCAGAACAAAAGGGCCAAGAUCAAAAAGGCAACAGGGAUGAAGAACGGGCUGGCUCUGCACCUCAUGGCUCAGGGACUGUACAACCACUCGACUACUACUGUCCAGGAGAAGGAGGAGAGUGAGUGAGGGCAGCGCCCCCCGGUGACUGUGCCAAUCAUCUACUACUACUGUGCAGGACAGUGAGCAAAGGGGGCAACUCUGCCCGGUGACUGUGCCAAUCAUCUACUACUACUGUGCAGGACAGUGAGCAAAGGGGGCAACUCUGCCCGGUGACUGUGCCAAUCAUCUACUACUACUGUGCAGGACAGUGAGCAAAGGGGGCAACUCUGCCCGGUGACUGUGCAGCUGCUGUUCUGCUACUGGGCAGGAGAGGGAGCCAAUGGGCCAGUCCGGUGCCGGUACCGGUUGUGCAGCACAGACCCCAGGGAAAUCCUCCCAGUAACGGGGGAAUCUCCGCUUCUUGUUGCCCCUGUGGUGCAAAAUGGGACCCCCCAUAAUAUGGAUACAAUGAACUCCUCCUCAGUGCGGACCCUACAGAUACAGCUUUUGCUGUACGGACCCCAAUGUCCCCCCUCGUCAAUUCCAGGGUUUCUGACUGUUCCCCUUUAACUGUAGAACCAGUUUCUGGGCCCCAAAACCCAAGCGCCGAACUGCCCUUUAAAGCCAAAGAUUUUCUGCUGUUGGAGUUUGUGUAACGUGAAUAAAGUGCGUUGUGCCCGGAGCGACUGCCCUAACUUAUUGCCCCAAUAAACCCAGCCAAUCACACGUCA